AUGGUCCAUCCGAUACUGCCUAGUAGCGAGUCGGUGGGGAACCCCAACACCAUCGAUGCGCCGGCUCUUGCCAGUCCCAUCAUUGCUAUGCUUUCUCGCCUCCACGCACUGGUCAUAGGCCCCGGGUUGGGCCGCGACGGCGUGACGCUGAAAGUGGUCACCGAGGUGAUGAAGGAAGCCCGUUCCAAAUCGAUUCCGUUUGUCUUGGACGCCGACGGCCUGCUUCUGGUGACGGAUGAUCCGGACCUCGUUAAAGGGUACAAGGAAUGUAUUCUGACACCCAACGUGAACGAGUUUGGUCGCCUGGCCAAGGCCUUAGGGAUCGAUGUGCCCAGUCUGGCCCAGAUCGGCUCGGAAUCUAGUGGCGAUGACCGCACCAAGCGAGAAACAGAGGCCUGUGAGAAGCUCUCCAGGGCGCUUGGCGGUGUGACGAUCAUCCAAAAGGGACCGCACGACGUGAUCUCAAACGGCGUGACCAGCAUCAUCAACGACAUUACGGGUGGACUGAAGCGUAGCGGGGGCCAGGGUGACACACUUACCGGGUCAUUGGGCACCCUUCUGGCCUGGCGGGCGGCUUAUCAUAACGGAUUGUGGGACUCCGGCGAGAAGGACAAUUCCAAGGAGGCGCAGAGUCCGCAGGACGUGCAGGCGGAACUGGAAUCGGAAGACCGGCGCAUGUCGCCCGUAACGACGCUGCUGCUGGCCGCCUGGGCAGGUAGUGCCAUUACGCGAGAAUGCUCUCGGCGGGCCUUCAAGGCCAAAGGGCGGAGCAUGCAAGCCAGCGACCUGACAGAGGAAGUCCACCACAGCUUUUUGGGAUUGAUCGGAGAACCUGAAGGGUCGCAAGUACAUCUGUAG